CCACAAAACUCCUUAUUGAGCGAAUCGUGUAUUGCGCCCUCCGAAGUCCGAACCCUAAACCCUCUGACCUCCGAACCCCAGCAAUGGCGAACUCCCCCUCGUUCCGCCGCCACCCGCACCCCUCCUCCAUCGACCUCGUCCGGUGGCUCCCAUCCUCCGCCACCUCCCCUUCCGGCCGCCUCCUCGCCGCCGCCGUCCACGAUCCCUCCUCCGGCCCCGCCUCCUCCAGCAUCCACCUCCUCUCCCUCUCCGACCCCGGAUCCCCGCUCGCCUCCCUCCCGCUCCCCUCCCGCGCCACCGCGCUUCGCUGCUCUCCGGCCGCCCUCGCUGCCGCCACCUCCUCGGGUUCCCUCCACCUCCUCCCUUCCUCCUUCGACGCCAACGCGGCGGUAGCCGUCCCGGGCGGCGCGGGGUUCCACAUGGGCCCGGUCCGGGGCCUCGACUGCGGCGGCGAGGAGUGGGUGACGGCAGGGGAGGACGGGAGAGUGCAUGUUAUCGGCGGGGGAGGGGACGGGAGGGUUGUCGCGAGGAGGGUGUGGGACGGGAAGGGGAUGGCCGGGUACGAGGCGGCCAGGUGGGCGUCGCCAGCGGAGUUCGCCACGGGCGGCGCAGGAUGCGGCGUGCAGUGGUGGGAUCGGAGGAAGGGGGACGUAGUGAUGGCGCAGUCCAACGGCAUCUGGGGUCAUGGCAUUGUUACUGGAAUGGUGCAUUCCAUUGACAUUCAUCCAUCAAGGAAGCAUAUCUGUGUGGUGGGAGGCUCCUCAGGGACAAUAUUUGCCUGGGAUCUGCGGUGGCCACAGCAGCUAACGCCACUCUCUGGUGUAGGUCUUAAUGGAACAGCUCAGCCAGUGUGUGAGAGUGAGGUCUGGGAGGUUCUUUUUGACACUUACACUCAGUCUUCUGAUAUCAUCUCAUCUGUGGCAACAAGAGUAUUACCAGUGAUGAUGUGCUCAGAGGAUGGGAUCCUUGCAGUUGUCGAACAAGAUGAGAGGCCUCUUGAAUUGCUUGCUGAACCCUGUGCCAUCAACUCCUUUGACAUAGAUCCUCAGAACCCUUCUGAUGUGGUUUGCGCACUGGAAUGGGAAUCGAUUGGUGUUCUAACACGUGGUAGAGAUACAAUGGCGGAAGAAUGAAAACAUUUGCCAUUCAAGAAUUUCAUUAAAAUUUUCAGCAAGGUAUCCUUUGGUUGCUAGGGCUACUAUAUCAGGAUUAGAAUCGAGUACGGAGGACAACGAUAGUCACAGAUCAUUCUAUUUACUCAUGGUCAUGGGCUACCAUUGGAGGGGAAAAAACAUGCUCGGCACAUACUCCUGCCCGACUUUGCAUACUUAACCUUAUGUUGUACCAUCUGUUGCCAUUGUUGAUGCAGAUUGUUGAAAAUCUUUCUGAACUCUGGGAGCAAUCCGAGCUGUGUAAGCUUAAUGAAGUUUGAUGCUCUCCGCUAUUUUGAAGGAUAAUGAUUGCAACACAUUUGCAAUCCUUUUUAUUCUGGUUGGUGAAUGUGAGUUGUAUUUAUUUCG